AUGUCGCGCGCUGCACGAAGGCUUCAGAAGCUUCGACUGGCCGAGCUGUCACAAAGCAAAUGCCACCUCCUUGCCCUCCCAGCAGAGCUGCGAAUCAUCAUCUGGGAAUAUAUCGUCGCCAACGAGGCCACGGAUGAUAACCCGAUCGAGAUCGGUGUCACAGGCACUCCAGCUAUUUUGGAUGUGUGCAAGCAGAUCAAGAACGAGAUAAGACUCAUGUAUCAUGCCCAGGCCACCUUCUCCUACACAGACCGCGGCCAGAACACGGUGAAGGGCGAACACCUGCCACUUUACCGAUGGCUCCACGGCAUGGACAACAGAAAAGAUUGCAUCAAGCGCUUGAUUUUGAGAUUCUCCGACAAAGUCACUUUGGGCUCCGUGCCUUUGUGUGAUCUUAGGAUCACUCGGCGUCUGGCCAAGCGCACGACGCCUGAUCCACGCACAGAGGUCGCCCGCUUUGCAUCUCAAAGGAUAUGGUACGGUGUCCUGCUGAUGAUGGCAGUGGACAUUGAUACUCUCGUAGUUGAGGGACCAGACUGUCAACCGAAAAGUCGUUGUGAUGAAGUCCAAGACUUUCGAUGGUGGUGGAAGCAGGCUAUGUUGGACAUCAUCAAAAGGAGCAGUUACGACACGACGCCGAUUGGGAACAUCGGUGACUUCCGGCAGUAUUGA